AUGAAUGCAGUAGAAUCUCUUCGCGCAUACAUUGAUUCUAUAUUGCCAAAUGUUGAAGGACCUAAAAUUCUUGUUCUUGAUGAUGAAACUACUAAAAUAAUUGGCCUUAUAUACUCAAAAACCGAGUUAUUACAGCAUGAUGUUGUUUUAAUCGAUACUAUUUCGAAAGUUAUUAAUAAAAACGUAGAUGAAGCACUUACAACUAUUCAAUGCGUUUGCAUUUUAAGGCCAACACAUGAAGUUAUUCGCGAUUUAUCAAAUGAAUUGAAUACUCCGCACUACGGAAGCUAUUAUUUAUUCUUUACAAAUGUUCUAAAUCAAGCGUUUGUUACUCAACUUGCCUUUGCCGAUCAUUCCAGUAAAGUCAGCGUUGUUCACGAGAUCUUUCUUGAUACAUACGCAUUGACAAGCAGAUUGUUCUCUUUAGGAAUUCCAUAUUGUCUAAACUCUCUUAAAAACAAUAUUGAAGAUCCGAAGUUUCAAACAAUUGUUGACAGAUUAUUUUCAAUGCUCGGCGCUUUAAAGCUUAAAUGUACGAUUAGAUACGAUGGAAAAAGCUCAAUCUGCAGGCGUGCAUCAGAAAGACUCAUUUCUUUGAUGGAAAAACGUCAAGAAUAUUUUUAUUCAAGCGAUAGUGCAUUGCUACUUAUAUUAGAUCGUAGAACCGAUGCAAUUACACCUUUACUUCACCAAUGGGGAUACGUAGAAUUACUCCAUGACGCUUUAACCAUUGAUAAUAACGUUAUCAUGGCUGACGGUAAGCAAUUGGUCAUUGAUGAGCGAACAGAUAAGUUCUUCGCCAAGUAUAUGUUCUCUAGUUUCCCUGAUGUCAACAAUGAAUUGAUGAAUAUGUCAAAAGAAAUCAAAUCUUCUCCGAAACCAAGCAACAUCAAAGACUUCGAUGAUCUUAAAUCGUUUAUACAGACAUAUCCUGAUGCAAAGGAUCGUCAGGAAACUUACGCAAAGCAUGUUUCAUUAUUAUCAGCAGCCAAUUCAAGUUUGACAUCCGAUUCUGUCAUUUCUCGUACCGGAAACAUCGAAUUAGACAUGGCUGUUGAUAACAAUUCAAAAGCUCUGCAACAAAUUUUUGAUGAAAUGGAUAAAGGUUCUUUCAACUCCGUUAACAGACUUUGCGUCAUCUACGCCCUCAAAUUUGAACAUCUGAAGGAGAAUAUCAAUCAACUUCGCCAAAGAUUAUCUUCAUAUCCUCGUGGAGACGAAAUUCUUCAUAAUAUGGACAAUAUUACACAGAUGGCUGGUGAAAAAUAUUCCAACCGCGAUCUUUCUGUCGUUGGCCAGAUCUUUUCUAAGUUUGGAGGCUUAAUUGGCCAAAUGACAAACGAAGAUUCCGGUUUAAUGAGAUACAGAUGCCCACUUGAACAGAUUAUUAAAUGUUGCCGUGAUGGAAGCCUUUCUACUGAAGAAUUCCCGUUUUGUCGCGAUUCAUCAAACAGAAGAUUCGCCAAAGUCAUUGUCUUCUUCGUAGGAGGCGCUACUUAUACUGAGGCUAAGGUUGCUUAUGCUGCUUCUGGUCGUGGAUUCGAUGUAAUUGUUGGUGGAACAAAUGUCCACAAUUUUAAUUCUUUCCUCAAAGAAUGUGAAUACUAA